AUGCGUUCUUCCGCCAUCAUCGCUGCUGUCGCCUCCCUCGCCGGCCUUGCUUCCGCCUCGGCCCUCCCCAAGUUCGACCAGCACGCCGCCCACAUUGCCUACACUUAUACCAACGGCACCUAUACCAAGCCCUUUGACGUGCCUACCAACGGACAAGCCCAGAAGUUUUCCUCCAACAACAUCGUCGUCUCCGACGUCUUCGUCUCUCCCCCCUUCGACGGCCGCCGCUACGUCCUCACUCAGUGCUCCUUCCAGGCUCCUUCGAACAAGAGCCUUGGGGCUGUCAGCAUUCGCAAGCCGACCACGGUGCCUGUGAACCCUCCUGCUGCCAUUGGCUAUGUGACUUGCAAGUCCAACUAA